CACUUUCCUUCUUGUAUUUUUGCCAUCUACUACUACCUUUGAGUGAUUUCUUCUGUAAUCAACGUUUCACCACCACACACGCAACUCCUUAAAUCUAUCUUCUUUAACGAAAUUACCCUUUAGCUCGUAAAGAUGGCGUACGCAAUGAAGCCGCCGAAGCAGCAGGGUUUGGAAGAAUCCCAGGAGCAGAUUCACAAGAUCAGGAUUACUCUCUCCUCUAAGAACGUCAAGAACCUCGAGAAAGUUUGUGGUGAUUUGGUUCGUGGAGCUAAGGACAAGCGGCUGAGGGUUAAGGGACCAGUGAGAAUGCCCACCAAGGUUCUGCACAUCACUACCAGGAAGUCCCCUUGUGGUGAAGGUACCAACACUUGGGAUAGAUUUGAGCUUCGUGUCCACAAGCGAGUUAUUGACCUCUUCAGCUCCCCAGAUGUUGUUAAGCAGAUUACCUCUAUUACCAUUGAACCUGGUGUGGAGGUUGAAGUUACCAUUGCAGAUUCUUGAAUGCUGCCUACUUUUGCAAUCUCCCCCUCUUCUAAUCUUUUUAGUUAAUUAGACAUCCUUACUUUAUGUUGCCCUGGUGUCUUGGAAUAUGCAUGUCAAGCAUCAGAACUUGAUUGGUGCUAUAGGGUUAGCGCAGCAUGUCUGUUUUUCAGAAUGUUUUAAAGUGAAAGGCUUCUGUGAGGGAUUUUGGUUUUUUGCAGUUUUUUAAAGCUGAGAUGUUGGAAUGAUUAUUAAGUA